GCACUAAAGUUGAUAAUUUUCUUCAUCAAACAAACAACACCAAAAUUACAUAUAAACCGUUAUUCUAUGCCAACUUGUUUUUAUCUUGUAUUAUAAAAUAUAAAAAUAAAAAAUCUUGCCCCCACCAUCCCCAAGUUCUUCUUGUCGGUCUUCCGACUGAAAAACAUGAACGCCGUCAAUCGUCUCCCGUGGAGAAUUUUCCCGGCGAAAAUUGAUCGGAAAUACAUUUUCUCAACAACCCAUCCGCCGCUCUGCACUUACAAUUCAACCUCUACGGCGUCCUCGUCGAACGAUUUCGAUCCACAAAUAAUCUCAGAGCUAAUUUCCCGGCAACAGUGGUCGAACCUCAAAUCCCAUUUCAAGUUCAAAAGCCCCAUCGAUUUUCUUCACCUAUUGCUCGGUUCAGGAGCCGUCGAUCCGCUGCUCGUCCUCAGGUACUUCAACUGGUCCCAGAAAGAGCUUAAAGUUAAUUACAGCAUCGAACUAUUCUGCAGACUCUUAAAUUUAUUAGCCAAUGCCAAAUGUUACCCCAAAAUUCGAUCGUUUCUCGAUUCUUUUGUCAAGGGAGAAACAAAUUGCACGAUUUCUUUGAUUUUUUAUACGCUUUCGGUGUGUGGCGACCAAUUUUGUGCCAAUUCGAUAAUUGCUGAUAUGUUGGUGCUGGCAUAUGUGAAAAAUUCGAAAACUAGUUUGGGAUUGGAGGCGUUUAAACGAUCUGGUGAUUAUGGGUAUAAGUUAUCUGUAUUAUCUUGCAACCCAUUGUUGAGUGCUCUGGUGAAGGAGAGUGAAUUUGGGGACGUGGAAUUUGUCUAUAAGGAGAUGAUUAGGAGGAAAGUUAGUCCUAAUUUGAUUACAUUUAAUAUUGUGAUUAAUGGGUUGUGUAAGGUAGGGAAAUUAAACAAAGCUGGAGAUGUAAUUGAUGAUAUGAAAGUGUGGGGAUUUUGGCCCAAUGUGGUUACUUAUAACACUCUCAUUGAUGGAUACUGUAAAAUGGGCAGGGUGGGGAAGAUGUACAAAGCUGAUGCCAUUUUGAAGGAAAUGGUGGCAAAUAAAGUUAGCCCAAAUGAUGUAACUUUUAACAUAUUGAUUGAUGGGUUCUGUAAAGAUGAGAACAUAUCAGCUGCAUUGAAGGUGUUCGAGGAAAUGCGGAUUCAGGGCCUGAAGCCAAGUGUUGUGACGUAUAAUUCCUUGAUUAAUGGUUUGUGCAAUGAAGGUAAGUUGAAUGAGGCAAAUACUUUGCUUGAUGAAAUGUCGAAUUCGAACUUGAAGCCAAAUGUCGUUACUUAUAAUGCAUUGAUUAAUGGGUACUGUAAGAAGAAGUUGUUGGAAGAAGCUAGGGAGUUGUUUGAUAAUAUUGGAAAACAAGGGCUGGCUCCUAAUGUUAUAACAUUUAAUACAUUACUUGAUGGAUAUUGUAAGUGUGGGAAGAUGGACGAGGCGUUUUUGCUGCGAAGCUUAAUGUUAGAGAAAGGACUACCACCCGAUGUCUCCACCUACAACUGCCUUAUUGUCGGUUUUUGUAAGGAGGGCAAAAUGGAGGAAGUCGAGAAUCUUUUGAAUGAAAUGGAAGAGAGAGGUCUGAAAGCUGAUCUAGUAACGUAUAAUAUUUUGAUAAGUGCAUGGUGUGAGAAAAGGGAGCCGAAAAAGGCAGCAGGACUCAUAGAUGAGAUGUUUCACAGGGGACUACGGCCAAGUCAUUUGACAUACAACAUUUUGUUGAAUGGCUAUUGUAUAGAAGGAAAUUUAAGGGCUGCUUUGAAUGUGAGGAAGCAAAUGGAGAAAGAUGGAAGGUGGGCUAAUGUGGUGACGUAUAACGUGUUGAUUCAAGGUUAUUGUAGAAAGGGUAAGUUGGAAGAUGCAAAUGGACUUCUUAAUGAGAUGCUGGAGAAGGGAUUGAUACCCAACCGAACUACUUACGAGAUAAUUCGAGAAGAAAUGAUGGAGAAAGGAUUUCUUCCCGACAUAGAAGGUCAUCUUUAUCAAGUGUCCCGAUAGAAGUCAAUAGAUAACAUCGCAACUUUAGAGUGAACUGGAUAACGGCUUGAGUGUCGCUGAUCAACCCGACAUGAUCCAAGCCAGCAGACGUUUCAAGGUAAUGAAUGCAUCUAAGAUGGCAACAGACACCAUCUUCAGAAGUCCUUACUCUUUAGGAGAGAUUGUGAUGUUGCGCUUUAAUCAAUCAGGUCCUCGUUGCAGGAUCGGUGACCGACCAUAAUCCAAACUCGCAGUGAAGAUCUGCACUCUGUUUUACAUUAAGGCAAGAUCUUGCAAUACGCUAAAAAAAUGUGUCUCUCGUCUUAUAUUGACCGAACUUCGCUUUCAUUGAUGUUGAUUAGAAUAUGUAAGUUUUAAGCUAGUCAUGGAAGCUGCAGAAGUUGCUCGUGGAGUCGAGAUGUGAAAUAUGCU